CUCCAGCUGAUCGGCCCAGGAUUCCCCGGUGCCUCUGCCCGUCGUUGGCUUUGCCGGCUCCAGUGAUUCAACGCCGAUUUAAACUGUUAUAAUUCUACGGAGUCAGUGGCCGCUCGUGUCGGCAAACCGUUCCUCGUCCAGUGAAACGUUUGAAGGAUAAUCUGGCCGGGGCAUUGACUCUGUACUUGUCACAGCCCAGGGGGAUCUGAACACAAAUACGAGGCCCUCACUCCAAACCCCGGAUUCACCUGCUAACGCGGAGAGCCUCACACGAAAGACCGACAUGGGGGACACCGGGAGCGAGGGCAGCAAGCCACCGAGUAACGUUAACGUUGUACCCCCGCGCUGCCCCUGUGGUUUCUGGGGAUCGAGCAAAGCUAUGAAUCUCUGCUCAAAAUGUUUCACAGACAUUCAGAAGAAACAGCCAGACGAUGAUUGUGCCCCAAAGGCCUCCUCAAGCUCCAGCAGCAAGCAAGCAGACAUCUUCUGUACUGAAACAAACGGCAGCAUUGGUCAGUCACUGAUGUCGAUGCCUAACUCCUCAGAAGACCCUUUGCCAGGAGAGACGGGAGCGCCAUCUCUACCUGCUCAGGACGAAGUAUCCAGCACAGACACAGUCUUCAGUUCACUCUCCACUCCCACAAAACGUUCCUUUGAAUCAGCCUCGGAGUCGGAAAGUGACGUUUCACCCGAGAAGAGAGCAAGAGUGGGUGACGUGCCAGAGGGUGAAGAGUCUUCAUCGUCAUCUUUGUCUGCAUCAUCAUCAUCAUCAUCAUCAUCAUCAUCCUCCUCCUCGUCCCGCAGUGGCUCUAAACAGCGGAGCCGCAAACGUUGCCAUCGCUGCCAAACCAAACUGGAGCUGGUUCAGCAAGAGCUGGGUUCCUGUCGCUGUGGUUAUGUCUUCUGUAUGCUCCAUCGGCUUCCCGAGCAGCACGAGUGUCUGUUUGACCACCUGGGCCGUGGUCGCCAGGAGGCGGUCCUGAAGAUGGUCAAGCUCGACCGCAAGGUGGGCCGCUCGUGCCAGCGCAUCGGAGAAGAGUGCUCCUGAGCGGCUGCUCCCUGAGAAGAAUCUCAGUGUUCAGACGGUGUCUUAGCACCGACAGGGAUUUGACUUUUUUUUAAAUUUUGUUUUCUUCUCAUUUUGUUUUUCAAGAUUUUUGCAGGUUUUUUGGAUACAAACCUCCACCCUUUCUUUUAAGUUAUGCUUGCU